AUGGCGGGAAACGGCGGCGUGCUCAUGCGCUUUGGCGCCGAUCCAUACAAUUGUGGAUGUAGUACGGCAGUGUUGGCCCGGCCGUCGACGCGGUCAGACGUGCGUGGCAGCUCCGCGCGGUCGCCAAGGUCCUCAGUGAUGGUGAUGGCCAACGGUGGUGGUGGCGGGCUGGUGCAGUCCCCACCCGACAUGUUGCAUCACCACAACAUCAUGGACACGUCCUCGCACGUGGAGAUGAUGCCCAGUGAGUACCUGCCCAGU